AGAGAAUAAUUCUCAUAUGGCUAGUUAAAUUUGAGAUAGAGGGAUUUAUGAAAUUUAUCAUCAGGUAAAGAUGAAGCAAUUGUAGGUGUGGAUAUGAGGGAAACCCUAGUUUUGAGAAGUAUUUGAGAUAGAAGAAAAAAUGGGAGCUUCUAUGUGGAGUCUACAACUUCAUACAGUCUCAGUUCCGGUACCACUUGAGGCAUUCUGGAGGUAUAAUAGUACUAGGAAGAGGACCUUCAAGAAGCUUAACAUAGUUGCUAACGGUGAUGCCAAGAAUUCGAAGAAUCUUCCGCACCAAAUUAUGGUUAUCAAGUCCAACAAGCCCAAUUUACCUGUUCUACUUCAACACGCUGUUACCAAAUUACAAGAGAGCGUCAAAUCUCUACCUCCCCCUUCCCUCCUGGUAAAGAAACAUUCUGGUGUUAGUUUAGCAAUUGCACUGUCUACCAUGGUCACCUUGUUGGUUAUUAUACUGAGGAGUUAUGUUGCAAAAAGGUCAAAACCCAACCGCCCUGGGUCUGUAGCUGAUCUUGUUAGGCGUGGGCAAUUAAGAUCGGAUAGAAGAGGCAUAUCAAAUCCUCUUAAAUAUGACGACCCAUUCAAUAAUCCAUUAGUGAAAGUCAGCAAGAGCAAUUCAACUGUAGAGAUGUGUGGGCAAGUGUACCGUUUGGCACCAGUAACUCUUACCAAGGAGCAACAAGCGGUCCAUCAGAAGCGGAGAUCACGUGCAUAUCAGUGGAAGAGACCAACAUUGUUUCUUAGAGAAGGUGAUUCAGUGCCUCCUGAUGUGGAUCCUGACACUAUCAGGUGGAUUCCUGCAAAUCAUCCUUUUGCAACUACUGCAAGUGAAAUUGACGAGGAUCUGGCACAAACUAAUGUUUAUCAGAAGCACGGUGUUCCAUUCCGUAUUCAGGCAGAACAUGAAGCCCUGCAGAGAAAGCUUGAGGCACUCCAAAGUGAGCAAAAACUUGGUAAGCUAGUGAUAGAUCCUGGGGCUGCAAAAGAUUUUGAGAGGCCAUUCAAAACACGACUAAAGACAGAGGAGCAGCUCGAUCAAGGCCCCUAUAACCGGCAAAUGGGCUCCAAUAGUUCAGAAUCAGAGGGUGCUCGUGAUUCAUUUGUGAACAAGCAUAGUUCUGAAGAAAUGGAUAAACCCUAGGUUUGUUUCAAUACUGUUUUGUAAAUUCUGUUAGAAAUAGCGUAAUGGCCUAGUUUGAAUGAAGACUUGAUACUCAUGUUUUCAGUCCUGACGUUCCAACGGUAGCAGAAAUGAGACUGUAAAUUUAAGUUUAUUCCUUGGCAGCCAACUGUCAUGUCCCACGCACGAGAUAUCAGUGAGACUCUUAGUCCGUGACGCAAGUGUCUGUCUACCUAUUAUUUCAUUCUGGUAGUAGUGGACUUAACUUUUAUAACAUUUGCCUAUUCUUUCCCUCAACUCAGGUUCUAAACCAAUGGUGAGAUCAUUCCAGAACCUCCGCUCAGGUCUGUUUUAUUUAAAGGAAAAUGGAAAAUAGUUUGAUAUACUUCUUAACUUUAGAAUUUAAAGUGAUAUAUCUUUCGUGAUUAAA